AUGGACACCAUUCUCCAAACUAUUAAUUCUGCGAGUCUGGCAGAUUGUGUUCGACGUUACGAGAGGCUAAUGGUAAAAAAGACAUGUAGGAAUACAAGUAUAUACUUCAACAACCAGUGCCUGAAGUGGAAACUUACCCCCAAGUAUAUACAUAUCAAGCUCAACCAACAAAGGUUAUCUAACAGGAACAGCCGCUUAUUAAAUACACUGAGAGGUAAUUUUAUAAGAGAAGAGAUUAGAAAAAGUUAUAUUAUCAUUAAUAAUAUAGACAUUCAACUUAAAUGUAUUUAUGAUAGACUAAGAACAGGGUUAUCUUUUCAAGAACUCAAUAAUAUUUUAGGAAAUAUUUCUUGUAAAAUGCAACACUUAAAAAACACAAAAAUUGUAUCUUUACAAAGAAAACUUAGUAAACUAAAACAAGAAAAACAGAUUGCUUUCAACAGACCUUCGAUAGAACAAUUUGAUGUUAUACAUAAAUUUCAUAAACCUUGUCUUAACUUUUCUAAUACAACUUUUAAUAAUAAAGAAUUAGCACUUUUAUCUAGGGGUUUGAAAUACAGACCGGUCAUCCAUAAUAAAAAAGAAGCCUUACAAAAUUUAGAAAUGUUAACAGUGGAAACUGAAACGGUUCUACAGAAUAUAGAAGCAGAUAAUAUAAAUCAAAUUAGAGCCCAGUGUAGUAACAUUUUAAGAACUGAGUUAAAGUCAAUUAAAAAUGCACCUAAUAAAACUGAAGGUGAUUUCAAUUCUACACUAAUUAAAUCUAUAAAAAAUAAAUUACAAAAUUCAAACUUAACCCUGACAAAAGCUGACAAAGGAAACUGUGUUGUUAUCUUAAAUAAAAAUGACUAUGACACUAAAGUGACUCAAUUUAUCCAAGAAAAUAAUUUUCGAAAACAGAGUGCAAGAUUACCAUCAUUUAUCAAAAAAGUGAAUGACACCUUAAAAUUUUGUACAAAUUUAAUCAAUCCUCAAUUAAGAUAUUUUCUUUCAGCUAACAACACAAAUGUUCCUAAACUUUAUGGCCUUCUUAAAGUUCAUAAAUCAGAUAUACCUGCUUCAAUGCCCAUAAGACCGGUGGUAGCAUACACUAACUCUCCAACAUAUAAAUUAGCUAAAUGGCUUAAUAAUCACUUAAUUACUACUAUAGAUUGUCACUUUCCCUACACUAUAAAAAAUAAUAUUCAACUUGUGGACAAAAUCAAAGAUAUCAUUAUCCCUGAAAAUGCCUUUUUUAUCUCUCUAGAUGUAACAAAUCUCUUUACUAACAUUCCUAUAUUCGAGGUAGUGGAUAUUAUUAAAAACAAAUUAUUUAAUUCUACAUUGACCAAUAUCGAAACACAAGAAAUAAUAAAUAUCCUAGAAAUUUGCUUAAAACAAAAUUUCUUUAAUUUUGAUAAUGAAACCUAUAUACAAGAGGAUGGCCUAGCCAUGGGAUCUCCAUUAUCCCCCCUCUUAGCUGAUACAUUUAUGAAUCACUUCGAAAGUAAUAAUAUUUUGAAUAACAACCCCUACCUAUCUAAUAUACUGUAUUAUUAUAGAUAUGUAGAUGACUGCAUUUUAUUAUGGAAUGGCAAUAAACAAAAUCUUAGUGAUUUUCUAUCAUUCAUUAAUAACAUUCAUCCAAAAAUAAAAUUUACAUUAGAAGUGGAAAUCAAUAAAACCAUAACCUUUUUAGACUUACUUAUUAAAAACGUAAAUAAUAAACAUGAUUUUGAGAUAUAUAGAAAACCUAGCCACACUGGAACAAUCAUACACAAUGAGUCAUUCCAUCCUUUUUCACAUAAAGCAGCAGCUUUAAAUAGUUAUGUAAAUAGAGCACUACAGAUUCCUCAAACAACUGAAAGCAGGGAUAGAGAGUUGAAUAUUAUCAAACAAAUUGCCCAAACUCAUAAUUUUUCUCCCAAUUUAGUAGACAAAAUAAAAAAUAAAUUUCUAUUACGUAAUGCGUUCCAAAAUGUCUACAUACCACAUCAAACAAUAUUAAGUAAUCAGCCAGUAAAUAAGUUCAUUUCACUUACAUACAAUGGAGCAGUUUCUUAUAAAAUCCAACGAGUUCUAACUUCUUUAAAUGUUAAGGUUGCCUUUAAAUCGAGCAAUUCAUUAGGUAACUUAUUGAUUAAUAAUAAAGACAAAACGGAUCCGUUAUCUUGUAAAGGAAUUUAUAAGCUUUAUUGUGAGUGUGGUUAUUUUUAUGUAGGUAGAACGAAGCGUAGUUUUAAAGCUCGGUUUAGCGAACAUGACCGAUGCAUUAGACAAAACAAUCCUGAGUCUUUAUUUGCUAAGCAUAUUAUGGAGACCGGUCACCCAUCGAAUCUACUAGAUAAUUACAAGAUCUUACAUAGAGUUCAGGACAACAUAAAUCUAAAUAAUCUUGAAUUACUCGAGAUUAAAAGAUCUCUCAAAAAAGAAUAUGAUAAAUCUCUUAAUAUUCAGAUUAACAUUCCUGAAACUAAUUUAAUUAAUAUUUUAUUUGAAUAACUCUUCCCUCCCUUUCCGGUUAAUUUAUUUUAAUAUAAACCCCGUUGUUUUCUUAAUAUAAACUGGUAGAGACAUCUGUUUAACAGUUUUAAAAUAUUUUAAAGUUACUGUGGGUACCGCUAUCUAGUACCCAUUCGGUUAUAGGAUAUAAAAUAUAGAUUUCUUUGUAACGUUCUUUCUUAAUUAUGAAAACUAGAUAUAGAUGACUCUGUUGGUCAGAUUAGUUUGAAUGGCGGUUAUCAUAGUUUUUAGAUCGUUUUGUCUAUUGUGUUGUAACGGUGCUUUUUAGAUGUUAUUGUUUUAAACCUAAGUGUAUUAUUUGUUAUCUUACGAUAAGAUUUACUUGCUUAAUUUUAGCUGUACCGUUCUAUAUGUGCUUUUGUUUUGUUUUGACAAAUCUCGUUUUUAACAAUGUAAGUACGCUUUAAAAUUCGAUUUUAUUCAGCAUUUUACCAAUUUUUGAUAAGCAUAGUAUCUAUGUAAAUUGUGUCUUUUACUUUUAGUCCUCGACCUGAUGAUGCGAUGAUAUUGUAAUCGCGAAACCGGUCGUCAUAAUAAAAGGAAUUUCUGGUGAAAUAAGACCUUUAAUUUCUACUGUGUUUGCUAGCAAAUACCUAUAAAAAUUGUAAUUAUGAGCGAACAAGAAGAACGAGACAAGAAACAGGAAGAUAUAAUAAAAAACGUUAAAGGGGUAUUUACUAAGCUGCGAGAGAACCUUAAACUCCUUAAGUUCUAAAAAAUUCUAAAAAAUAUUGUUUCUUUCAAAAAGAAGUUUGAUAUAUCGGGCAUAUAAUAUCAGAAAAGAUACAGAUAACAUUGAAGCAAUAGAAAGUUGGGCACGACUAAGUAAGAAA